UCAACUUUAAAGACAAUUCGGACAAAAAUGAGUCAAAUGACUAAUAAUUUGAUAAUUUGGGCUUAUUAAAUAUCCACAUAAAUACGAUGUGCAUUACUGAUCUUCGCCAUAUUCAUCACUUCGACCCCGAGGAUACAACAUGUCUCCCGUCGUCCUGUUACUGGCUGUCCUGACAGGAAGCAUUUCAGCUUCUACAAUCCGUGAAUAUACCGGCGGAAAUGACGUCAGCGAUAUAUUUGAUCACCAAGACAACGUUCUAGACGAGAUUGAAGAAAUGCCCACAUUACCGGCCGAAUUCGACAGCGAGUGGGAUAAUACUACAAACGGGGAUAUGCCCGACAUGAAGUGCAUGGCGUAUUUUAUGUGUAUGAUGCAGAAUGAGUCCCCAGAACCUUCAGGGUCCUUUAAAAAUGGCUUCGAUGUCACGCCCAAGUUUCUAAAGAAGCAUUGCAGGUACAUGAAGAAGUCCUUAGCGUGCUACUACGAUGGAGAAUAUGCAGACUGUCCUGAUGUUGUGAAUUUUGUGGAAUCGCUCACCGCCAGAUACCAAUACAUGUGUUUCCAGCCGGGGAAAUCAGUUGUACAAUCCAUGCUUCCAUGUUUUAACAAGUAUGAUGUCCAGAUGUCAUUGUUGACGGUCAUCCAAUGGAAUGACAUAUUCGAUGGAAACUACCAUGAAUUGGCCAAACCCGAAGCCUUCGGAUACCGACUCCAUGAUGUGCUGGGCAAUGGAGAAAUUUUACUACGAGACUGGAGCAGAGGUCGAACGCCACUGUUCGGUUGAGGUUCGCGGAACAUACGAAACCUUUCUCAUCGAGACAUCGCGUCCCACUUUACGACAUCAUAACUGCACUUUAGGAAUGGAAGAAGAGGACAACGCAAACCUUUAAAAAUGUAUUUUCAAACUAUGAUUUAAAUGAUCAAAAUAAAGCCGUAAGCAAACUUUUUUCUUCAACUUUCAUAACUCAGUACAAAUGACGCGAAAGUAAUACUUCGUUCCGAGUUUGAGCUUGCGCUUUUCGCAGGAGUUAUCGCCCCUGAUAUAUAGCCUUCUUUAGUUGAGGGAGGACUGGUAGCGUGCCAACACGGGAGGUAGGACUAAACAUUGAAAGGGAAGCUGUUGUCUUAUUGUUGUCAUGAUGAAACGAGAAAUCUUAAUAUCAAUAAAUUCGUCAAAUAUCAA